AUGGAUAUGAAUGCAGUGAAAGGGUUGGUAGCUGAGAAGCCAGUAGUGAUCUUCAGCAGGAGCCAAUGCUCAAUGAGCUAUACAGUAAAGACACUUAUAUCAAGCUUUGGAGCUAAUCCUACUGUGUAUGAGCUUGAUGAGAUACCCAAUGGGCAUCAAAUUGAGACACUGUUGCUUCAACUAGGAUGCCAGCCAUGUGUACCUGCUAUUUUCAUUGGGCAGAAGUUAAUUGGUGGUGCAAGAGAGCUCAUGAGCCUGCAGGUCAGGAAUGAGCUUAUGCCAUUGCUCAUGAGUGCCAGAGCUAUAUGGGUUUGA